GAUGCCUCCAGUGGCUCUCGGGCACUAGGAAGGUUGUCAUGUCUCCUGGUAUUUUCUCUGCAAGACAUAUAUGCCUACCUCUUCUUUUGUACAAUUGUACUUAUCUUUCUCCAUAGUUUUGCAUUCAUAAAGAGAGUGAAACAUUUAUAUAAUCUUAUCUCAAUUGAAAGAAAAUUCUCUUUGAAAUUUUAGUGGAAACCUAUGUUGGCAUGAAAAAGAUGGAACUGGCAACACUAGACAUCAUAAUCUGCUGUCUGACUGAAGAUUUUAUGCACCAGUGCCAUUAACAGCUCACUUUUGUGCUGUGAAAUGAAUCACAGUUGUGAUUAUCUAGUUCACAAAAGUUGCAGAAUACUCAGUAAGAAAACACUUUGGAUUUUAAACCAUUUCUUGAGAACAUUAAGAUGACCAGGAAAAGUGGAGAUUUAAUGUUGCAUAUUAAUUAACAACAUCCUCUUGUAAAUAAUAGAAUUAACACAAUCAUGUGCUCAUCGCUGCACUGUGCUGUCAUACAAGAGCUCCGCCAUCAAAAAUUUAGUCAACAAGUGACGUGACAAAUUCUGUAGACAAUGUGUGACAUUCAAAAAAAGUUUCUCUGUCCCCGUUUGGUGGACUACCUCGCCAUUGUGGGAGCACGCCCACCAGGUCCGGGUCCAGGCUCAAGAGUGGGCUCCAGUGGCAGUACUCCUGCAGUGCAGACUCCAGAACUGUUGCGCAGGUAUCCAAUGGAAGACCACAAGGAUUUCCCUUUGCCUCUUGACAUGGUUUACUUUUGUCAGCCAGAAGGCUGUGUCUCCGUGGGACCACGCCGUACUGCUCUACGGGAAGCAACCUCUUUUGUCUUCACGUUAACUGAGAAGGAUUCAGGCAAGAGUCGAUAUGGAAUCUGCGUUAAUUUCUACCGCCCAAUGGAACGUGUUGCACCACCUGCUGGACUUGGUGGUUCUCGCCGAGACCGUCGCUCGUCAGCAUUUAGGAGAGAAUCAUGGAGAAAAAGUGUUGAGAAAAGCUCAGAUUCAGCUUUUUCUAGUGAUUACCGGAGCAGUCAGGUGGCCCCUAGUGACUCUGACCGGGAUUGUCCCAGCAGCAGCAGGCGGGAUUCUGACAGCCAGCAUCCAGCUAGUCUGCGACUGGGGGUGGCAGGAGCUGGUGUACCUGGCGGGGGCAAUGAUUCGGAGAGUGGUGGUUCUCAUUCCCCUUCACCUCGUGCCAGCCGUCGUGCUAGACAGGGAAUUUCAGGAUUAUACCCAAAUUUGAGGGUCCGGAAUCAUUCUCUGACUUCUUUGUGCCUCUUAUCUCAUCACCCAUUUUUCUCAAUAUUUCGUGAAUGUUUAUUCAUUCUCAAGAAACUCAUAGAUGCUUGUAAUGAGAAUACAUCACCGAGACGUGUUGGGGCUUCCAGGCAAAUUUCAAGGGAUUCGGUGUGGAGUGUGCUGACUGGUAGGGCCUAUGAUGGUACACCAUCUAUUGUUUUACAUGAUGUACGUGAAAUUGAAACAUGGAUCCUGCGGUUACUGAGUGCACCAGUUCCAGUGCCUGGGAAGACAAGAGUGGAGGUGGAAGUCUUGUCACCAAGCAUUCGUCCACCACUCGUAUUUGCUCUUCCUGAUCACACACGCUUUUCCUUGGUGGACUUUCCAUUGCAUUUGCCAUUAGAAUUAUUGGGUGUUGAUAUAUGUGUGAAAGUCCUUACACUCAUACUUCUUGAGAAUAAGCUGGUGCUACAAUCACGAGAUUACAAUGCCUUGUCCAUGUCUGUGAUGGCAUUUGUAACAAUGAUUUACCCAUUAGAGUAUAUGUUCCCUGUGAUACCUCUCUUACCAACAUGUAUGAGCUGUGCUGAACAACUAUUACUUGCGCCGACUCCUUUCGUCAUUGGUAUACCAGCCAGUUUUCUAAUGUACAAAAAGAAUUUUAGGCUUCCUGAUGACAUCUGGCUGGUUGACUUGGACUCUAAUAAGAUAACACCACCAUCUGGAGCAACAGAUGAACUACCACCAUUACCAGAACCUGAGGGGACAAUUUUGAAAAACCAUCUUAAACAGGCUAUGCAACUGAUGGAUCAAGUUGGCGCAGGCGCACUGUCAAGUAUGUCACUGGCAGCACCAACGGUAGUAGUUCCGAGAGAAGAAUCCAUAACCACAGAAGCACAUCAGCAACAUCCCUCUCAGGGCCAGUGGCAGGGUAGCUCUGCAGCACCACCCCAGCAAUAUUAUCAGCCUCACCAAGUUCAACAACAUCAUCAACUGCAGCAGCAACGGCAACAGCAACAGCAACAGCAACAGCACCACCACCAGCAGCAGCAGCAGCAACAACAACAACAACAACAACAAAUGAGCUCCAUCCCUAGGCCAGGAAUGGGGGCUCCUAGUGGCAGAAGAGAAUCACAUGUUCCAGAACCUUUACAUGCUACAACAGGAUUCAACCCAUUCAUAUAUGGAAAUGAUGUUGACUCUGUUGAUGUUGCGACAAGAGUAGCAAUGGUGAGAUUUUUCAACUCCCAGAAUCUUCUAGCAAAUUUUGCUGAACACACGAGAACACUGAGACUCUAUCCAAGACCUGUUGUGGCAUUCCAGAUUAAUAGUUUCUUGAGAUCCAGGCCUCGAACAACACAUUUUCUUAACCGCUUUGCUCGUACUCAGGCUGUGGAAUUUCUGGCAGAAUGGUCUCUAACUCCUAGCAAUGUUGCAUUCUUACGUGUGCACACUGGGGUGUUUGAUCCUACUCUUAUUGGAGAUAAAUCCAAGUGGUAUGCACAUACUCUGGAACCCAUUUACUUCAGUGUGUGGGAUGAGAGUAGUUCGCUGAGUGGGGCAUUACGAUCAUUACGUCAGCAGGAGCAACCAACAGAUGAAAGUGGUUCUGAUUCAGAAGGAGCUGAGAGCACAAGCUCAUCAUACUCUUCUCUCAGUGACUUUGUAUCAGAAAUGGUAUCAUCCGACUUAUCACCAAGUUUCCCGCCAACAUCAGUUGAUCGUACAGAGCCACCACCAGCUGCACUGACCAUUCAGCCAUUAGCUCUGUGUAGUGGCCUUGACCACCGCACUGUAUAUAAUCCACCAAGCAGUCUGCAGUUUCCUGGUUCCAUGAUGCCUGCUGCCAGUGCUCCAGCAACAUCACCUCCAGGCUCAACCUCUUCUAGCAGAAGUGACCUCAGCUCCCCUUCCCUGAAUCGUGAUUCUGAACUUGAUUUUGCCUCUGCUGUUGCUGUUGCAAAUAGUAGUCAGGAACAAUUACCAGCUGAAUCAUUGCAACCUCAGCGACUUGGAACACUGGAGAAGGAAGAUAUAGCAAGCCCAGGUGGAGAAUCGGAUUCCAAUUCGACGAUGACAACAGCUACCCCUAAGACUGUACUAAGUCAACAGUCAUCUAUACCCCACCGAUCUCCUACUCCCAGCCUUGGUAGUGAGGGCUCUGGUUCACUCUCACUAGGAGGUUCAUCAGAUAGAGAGAGAGAUAGGCCUGGCACUCCAAGAGCACCUCAUCGUCCACCACGACCUGCCACACCAGUUCCUCCUUCAAGCCCAGGCCCACAGCGUCAAACAAGCUUGGGAAAUGUUCUGGCACGUACUGCUAGUUUUGGUUCGGGAAGCAGCAGGGACAGUGGCAGUGGGAGUAGUGGCGUUCCACGACAGGGUAGCCAAACAUCAUUGCUGGAACAAUUUGCUGUUUCUGCAAAGGAAUUGGUGCGAGAAACUACACGGCAGAGUAGUCAGGAUGGACUCCUUGCACAUAUGGACAAGUUGAAACUGCAAGCCAAAGAAAAAAUCAAUGAGGCAACUCAUGAAGAGGGAAGCUUAUUUGCACCUCUUGAACAGCUUACUAUCCAGGCCAAAAAAGCAGCUGAAGAGGCUUCAAAAUCCGUCCAAGAAGCAUCUAAGACAGCUCUGGAAGCCAGUAAGACUGCAGCUGGUGUCAGCAAGAAUACAUUUGAGGAUUUGACCUAUGUUGGAAAGAGUACCUUGGGUGAUCUAACAAAAAGUGCCAAACAGGCUGCAGCAAAGAAAGGACUUAUUAAGCCCAACCAACAACAGCAGCACCAACAGCAACAGCAGCAGCAAGGAAAUAUCCAGACAGCUACUGGACAGCCAGGAGGUGGUCCAAACAACUUAUUGGUUCAGCCUGAUCUAGGCCGCACUGCAGGCAGAGACUUCUUCUCCAAUGUCAGUUCGGAGCUGAAUGGCAUUGCAGCCCAGACCUCCAGCAUGUUCAGUGGCUUCUUUGGAUCAAAAAGUUCUUCUAGUCCUAGAAGCGGUAGCCCUGGAACGGCAGCUGCCACUGUCACCAAGCCCAAAGAAAAGGCACAGCCAUUUGGUCCUUUUCCUAAAGGCCGUAAGGGAUUGGUAGAAAAAUCAUCUCUGAUACGACAUACAACUACAAAAAGCAGGCAAGAAGAAUUGCAAAGAAUACAGAGUGCUGAACGUUCCACCACAAAUUCUGAGAACCAAGCUUUCCUGAAGGAUGUUGUAAAUCAAGUUUUAGACGGGGAAGGUGUUGGAUGGUUAAAAUUAAAUCGCCUGAAAAAGCUUAUGGAGGAUGAGAGCUACAGAAACUUUGUAGUGAGCAAGUUGAAUCGUACUCUGGAGAGAAAAAUCAGUCCAGAUGAUCACAUUGAUGAUGUUUGCGUCAGUCGAGCUGUCUGGAAAGGCAUGUUGAAAACAUUACAAGCUGUGAUAUACGGCUUGGAGCAAACAUAUUCAAACUAUGGUUUGGGUGGCAUGGCUUCAGCAUUUCAAGUGCUGGAGAUUGCACAUACACAUUACUGGACAAAAGAUUUAUCGGAAGCUCCAGGCAUGGAUCUUGCUGCUAGCAGUACCGCUGCAAUGUCACAGGCAUCAAGUCCAUUUGGAAGUCAUGAAAAUCUGAAGUCUCCGCAGAGCCCACAUGGUUUCCAGCUUCCCCCUCACUCCGAUUUUUAUCCUCCAGACAGUUCUCGGAAGUCAUCUCAGGCUGGUAUUUAUGAUUCACCUCCAUCAGUGCGGUUGAUUCAGGAUCCUCAACAAGGAACAGAAGAAGGUGGUGAUGGACAGUCUACCACUGAUAUGCUCCGCGAUUUGCUCAAUCAGAAAAGGCAUUUGCUUCUAUCUAAACUAACCUCCAUGGACUCUGAGGGUGGGACUGAGAACACUUUACAUGGCUCAACUGAGGGUGUGGCUUCUUGCAAUGCAUCCGAUGCUGGCAGUAUCAUCACAAACCCGGCAUUCACAAGACAAAGGGCCGGUCACCAAGCUUCGUUCCGUAGUACUGUUUCUGAUAGUGAGAUAGAACAGGGCAAUUUUCCACGCCAAGCAAAGCAACGAACACCUAGUGUCUGGUCGAGCAAAUCAUCUCUUAGCACUGGAUUUCGAUAUCAUGGUGGAAAUAUGAUCAACACUUCAACAACGCCAAGUCCUGAUACAGGAAGAACAUAUCUCUUUGAAGGACUUAUUGGCAAGGAACGCUCCAGCCUGUGGGACCAGAUGCAGUUUUGGGAGGAUGCCUUCCUUGAUGCAGUUUCACAAGAAAGAGAUAUGGUUGGAAUGGAUCAAGGACCAGGAGAGAUGAUGGAAAGGUAUAAUUCUCUCAGUGACACAGAAAGGAAAAGGUUGGAACAUGAUGAAGAUCGACUUCUUUCCACAAUGUUGUAUAACCUGGUAGCAAUCAUGGUCAUGAUGAAUGUCAAUAAAUUAGAUAUAAAGCGUAAAGUGCGCAGACUCCUCGGAAAGAGCCAUAUUGGGUUAGUCUACAGUCAAGAAGUUAACCAGUUACUGGACCAAAUAAACAACCUGCAUGGCAAUGACAUUGAUCUGAAGCCACUGGGCUCCAGACAGAUGCACCGACAAAGCUUUACAGUUCAUGCAGGUGUAGAUCCUUCUGGUGAUUUACUGUUCCUUGAAGUUCGUGAAGAUGGACUUGUCUUGCGUUCUGUGAAUGGUACAAUUGUUGAGCGGUGGUGGUUCGAACGGCUUGUUAACAUGACAUACAGCCCAAAAAACAAGGUGCUGUGCCUUUGGAGACGAAAUGGUGGUCAGACACAGUUGCAUAAAUAUUAUACAAAAAAGUGUAAAGAUCUUUACUACUGCAUAAAAGAAGCAAUGGAGCGGGCAGCAGCAAGAGGUAGUGGUGCUCUGGCUGGAGUAGAACUUGGAGGGGAGUUCCCAGUACAAGAUAUGCGAACUGGUGAAGGUGGCUUACUGCAAGUGUGUCUUGAGGGAGUUGGUCUGCUUUUUGCCAACAGCAAGUUCUUUGUACGGUUGGAUCACAUUCGCAAAUGCUUCACUCAGAAAGGUGGAAUCUUCGUCUUGGAAGAAUAUAACCCCAAGACAAGACAGGUGAUACAGAGGAGGUACAAGUCUUCAAUGUCAGAUCAGAUUUGCUACUCGGUGCUGUGUGUUUUCUCGUAUGUCGCAGCAGGACAAGAACACAGGCAUUUGCAGCAAAGCCAAGGAGAUGGGGUAUCUCUUCCAUCACAACAACACUCGUCACACUCCCCACAACACCUUCAUUGAAGUUCUGAUUUCUAUGCUACCUUGAUUUCUUAUUGAUUCCAAAACUAUGCAUUAUUACAGUUUAAUAUUGGAAGCUUAAUAACACAAAUAAGAAGUUCAAGUUAUGUACAAGUUUUGUAUGAAAUGUUCAGGUUAUGCAAAAUGAAAUGAAUGUUCAACUUUAAAAGUAGUUAUAGCUAUUUGUUUAAAUUCUUAUAUUACAUAAAACUUUGUGUUCUCCUUACCAUUUAACGUACAGCUAUGCAAUGUUACAUGAACAUGAACUCUCUUGAAAAAAAACAAUGUUUAUCAGUUAGUGCCCAUACAGCUUUUGAUGGCACAAGGGCUUCAUUAUCCAGAACAAACGUGAAAUGCUAAUUCUCAUUUGAUUUCAUUUGGUCAUUAGUUUUGGUCCACAUUGUUUACCCAGCAGCCUCUUGCAAAUGUACUUGGAUAAUUUAUAGUUCCACUGCAUCUUAUGGGACAAAUGGGGUAUUUAAAAUAAAUACCAAGUACAACUAAUACAACACCAAAUAGAACAUUAAUGAGAUGUUAUGUAGUCCCAAUAUAUAAUUUCUUUCUAGUGAACACAAAUUAGAAAUCUACCUCUAUCUCUCUUUUUUAGUUUUUUUAUAAAAAUUGUGUAUGCCUCAUGGAUCAGAUUCUUUUUCUUUGCACAUAACAAUUUAAGAAUCAUGUGUAAUAUUUUGCUACUUGCAAGAGACAUGAUAAUGUAAGAAUACAGUUAUGUAACACUGAAAAUACUGAAACGGAAAACUGAUUCAAAAGUAAAUACAAUUAUGAGACAAUGUGUAGGUUGUGCAUUUGAGCUGUUUGUUAGUGAACAAAGUCUUGGGAUUUGUGAUUAUUUAAGGACAGAAAAACUUCUUUUAUGUCGGUAAUAUGUGUGAGACAGUAUCUGUUAAAAUGGUGUGGGGAUAGCUGUGCUUGAAGCAAUCCAUAUAUGAAACAAUUACUAUGGCAUUAUUAUGAAGAUGUGACAAGGCAAUAAUAUAGUUGUGGUGUUGCAUAAAUGCAGGUGAUAUGUUAGAUACUGUUGUAUAUGAGUAAACACAGGCUAUGAAUUUUAUAUGAGACAGUUUGUAUUGUUUUGUAAUUCACUGUGACUCAGAGUGAUAUUAAUUUUUGUAAAUACAAUGUUGCCAUUAACUAAAUUUUAAGAUUUGUAUAUCUGGUUGUAACUGAACUGUAUUGCAAUAUAUAGAUCUGUGUGUUGGAUAUUAUAGCCAUAAUUUUCUUUCCCAGAAUUACAGUAUGUAUUGCCAAUAAUUGUUGUGUCAUAUAAAGAUAGUUUUUCCAGAAUUUUUACAAUAAUUACUAUAAAAAGCAAUAACUGCAGUUCAUUGUUGAGAUAAAAUAAUCAAAUGGUGAUCAUAGUUGUGUUUUAAAUUUUGAAGCUGUUUAAUGUUAAAUAAAAUAUAAACGUGUGGAACUGAGAAUUUGUUUACACAUUUGCCUGUUCUUUGUAAGCAAUUUUGAACACCAUGGUAGUGACCACUAGUGCUACAAUUAUAAAUUGUUCUUUUCUUUAAAUGGAUGUUGUGAAAAUCAAAAUGCCAUAGACAAUUUUUAAUACUGUUCACAAGAUUCUUUUGUCUUGAGAAGCAUGUUGGAAAAUGGCUCUGUUUCAUAAUUUUGUUUGUUGCGCAACCCUUCCUACUAUAAAUGGAAUUAUGGUUAUUGAACAAAAUAUAAGGUGCAGUAAUUCAAUGAAGACAGAAAUGAACUUCAGCUUACUGAGUUAUAGCAAACAUAAAAUACUUAGAAAGUCAUGUUAACACUACCAGUGAGCUUUGGCAAUAGAGGUAAUAUACCUGUAGAAAGUGAGGACAUUCAGGAUUUAGGAAGUGAAGUCAAAACAAGUGUUCUGGGUCAAGAGAGAUACAGAAAACAGGAUGAUGACAAAAUCAGUGCACGAUACAUACCCCAUUUUUCAAACUAAGUACAUGUUACUUUCUGUUGUUGCCCACAUCAUUUGUUGCCAUGUGGUACUAUGAAGUUUUUACUUUUUUUCUUUAUUUUUCUCUAAAAAAGUGUCAUUUUGAAAAUGCUUUCUUUAAAAGUGUAAGGUCUAAACAAUAAUAUUUUUCUUUAUAUCACUAAUAUAUUUUUCUCAGAUAAUCAUCUAGUUCUUGAAGUUUACUGUGCAUUAUAUAUUGCAACAAAAAUCAUGCCAAUACAGCCAAAUGCUGUAGAAGCAACAUAUGAGGUACUCAAAUAACAUUAAACAGAAUUAUUGGGCUUUACUCAUAGGGCUCUAAUCAUAUAGGCAGAUUUAACUGCAACUGUAGUUAACAAUGAGUCUCAAACUAUAAGAAUUGGUUGGAACUUGAGAAAAACAAAAUGCAGUGUCUCUCACAAAACAAAGAUAUUUCUGGGAUCAACUAUUUGUGGAAAUAUUAAUUAUUGAUUUUUAUUGUUAUUUGCAAGUAAUAGGCGACUUUAUAUUUUUAUUGCGCACUUUUUAUACAUAAUAGCAUACCAGUAAUUAUGUCUUUUCUGAAAUCUUAUAAUUUUUUUUUCUUUUCUGAAAUACUCUUAACUCACUAUAAAUAGCAAUAUGGGGUUAUGUCACCUGAUUUCUCAAUGAAAAUAGUUUGUAUCUCUGCUGGAGUGCUGAUAAUGCUGCAGUAAUGUCUUAAAAAAUAUUGUGGUUUUGUAUCAUGAUUUGCUUCAAAUUUCAGUGAUCAGUUGUAGUAAUUACACGUAAUAAUUCUCUGCUGGAAACAUUUUCUUCACAUUAACAGCAGAUAUAAAUGUUAUAGGUUCUUCUUUAUGCUGUUUACUGGAUGUCUCUUUCUCAAAUUGUGAAUGUGGUGAUGUAUUACAUAUGUGUUAUAUUUCUCCUGCAUCUGUCAGUUGAUUGAAACAAUAUUCUAAUUAUAUGACAGAAUGCCAAUUGAACAAUCAACGUACGUCUCACAUUACCAUGGGUGUUCCAUCUGCUUCAUAUGCAGAUUAAAAUAUUUAGCACAUAUUUGGUUUGAACCACAUCUUAAUCCACAGGUUUCUAAAGAAACCUACAUUUAGUGCAAGUAUUAUUUUGUGAAGCUGUUCAUCCUCACAUAAACACAAUUUUUUCAAACACUAUUGAUAUUGUAAUAUGUGCCUGCAAUUGUUACAGAAAAUGUGUAUGUCCAUAAAGAAACUCAAGACAAUGUUAUAUUUAUAUUAAAUUUAGAGUUUUUGUAGAAAUGUGUGUGUUGGGAAACAUGUAAGAACCAUCUGUGGUACUGUAGUGUGUACUUGAGAAUGUGAGUAGUUUGAUUUGUAAAUAUGUAUAUAACAUAUUAGGAAAUAUUUUUUGUAGCUUUAAGACAGAUUGUAAUUUUCUACGUUUCUAGCACUGAUGCUUUAUUAUUUGUUAAAUCCAUUUGUACUUCAGUAAGGAGUUUCAUAUCAUUCCAGAUAACAUUCUGAAUGUACUGUAUGAGGUGCUUCCUCAUUUUUUGUUGUAAAUAAAAUUAAGUAUGAAAUGUUACAUACAUCUGAUGUACAUGGUGAUGUACUGCUUUGCAGUUAAGUAAUAUCUUCAAUGUUGUGCCUCCUGUUUAAAGUGCAAAAGUAGUGUGAGUGUAAAAUAGCAUUGUAUGUUUGAAUGACAUGAAUAAUGAACUACUUUCUGUUACUUGCUUUUGUCAGAAAAUAGAAUUUUUAAUUUAUUGGCACUGGACUAAUUGCAAUUGUUUGUGUGUUUCUAUGCUGACAAAGUUCAGUCACAUUUUCUUUUUUUUUUUUUGUUGGUAUUGUGAUUAGACUUCCAUAGCAUUAGUAGAAGCAUUGCUUUACGUAAAAUAUUUCAGUGCCAUUACUUUCUCUGAAUUUCCGAUCUUCACCAAAUUUUAUGUGUUGUGGCCGAUGAAGUUCUACACCCAUUGACUGCUGAUGAGUGCUGAAAACUGAAUACUGAAUAUUUAGUUUUUGAAGAAAUGUUACAUGUAAAUAUAUUGUACACAGAACUGUGGAUCAACGAAAGUAUCUAAAAUGCAGGAAAGAGGGGGUCAUAAGAAGAAUAUAUUGUUUUCAGAAAUAUAGUGCUGGUUGUUUAAUAAAAAAAAAUUACUUUAAAUUUCAGCUGAAUUCAAUGAGUGUGAACUUAUCUACCAUGUUACAUUAAUUGUCAUACAACUUGUUUUCCUAUCUCAAAUUUUAAGCUUCAUGGUAAACUUUGACUGUUAUAAUGAGGACUUAACAAAUGUUACACUUUAUGCAUGUAAAUUGUAACAGAGGAUGUGCUAAGUAACUGUAUUGGCAGAUCCACUAAUCCUAUUGUAAGACAGUAUAGCAGAACAUGGCCUGUGAUGCUUAAUGUCAUAAUACUGGAAAUUCCUCCAGGAAAUGUAUUUAGUGUUCCUUAUGAGAUAACAAUUUAUACAAAGUUUGUAAGAAAUCUUUGAAACCAUAGCAUGCAUUUGUGAUCCAUUAAAAAUCAUGUUGUGUACAUUUUAGUUACAUAUUUGUGCAGCAACCAGAAUGAGAAUUUGGCUAAAAUGUCCAUUUUGAUGGAUUGUACUAAUUUCCAAGGAGAGCCAUAAAUUAUAUUAUGUAUUCCAGUAUUACAUUGAAUCUUGUGGUAAAUCCUGAAGAAACACAUGUUAUCUUAUUUAGAAUAAAAUUACCAUGUAUUAAUUGUUUGACUCCCCAUUUUAGAAUUGUGCUAUUUUUUGAAAAUAAAAGGCAUGUUUUCCAACAGUUA